AUGUCUUCGUCAUCGGUUGCCAAGCCUGACAUUGUUCCCGUAGCCUCAUACGUCGCCUUUGCUUUUAUUGGUAGUGUUGUGCUUAUUGGUUUAAUCGCACGAUGUUUUGCAUUGAAUCAUUCGACUAUGCGGGGAGCAUAUAGUCAUGAUCUGAUGAUUUAUCAAGCAGCACCAAAACCAGCUCCAGCGAUUAAGGCAAGACGUCAAUCUUUCGAACAAACGUUGGACUCAAGUAGUGAUACUCGAGACGGCAAAUCAACAUCCGAAGAUUCAAUUAUACCUGUUCGAGUUCAACGGGGACCGAAAAAUCUAUAA